GGGUCUUCAAGUGCUGAUCCUUGCUUGUUCAAAUUGCCAUGGGAACUCCACCUAGUUCUCUUUGUAUGGCUCUUCUUCUUACCAUUUUUGUUUCAUGGAGUGGGGCAAGCUCUGGUGAGAAUGUUCCAAGUGUUGAUGAUCGUGAAUAUUGUAAUUAUGGAGGUUGGCGGGGUUGCAAGAGCUUUUUUGGUCUAGGAAGUGGUGCUGGUGGUGGCGGUGAUGGAGGAGGAGGAGGCGGCGGAGGGCAUGGUGGUGGAGGGGGUAAUGCGGAUGGUGGGGCUGGUUAUGGCGAAGGUUUUGGAGCUGGUUUUGGUGUAGGUGGUGAUGGCAUAGGUGGAGGAGGCGGCGGCGGUGGGGGCCACGGAGGUGGUGGCGGUGGUAGCAAUAUGGAUGGAAGUUAUGGACAUGGUAGCGGGUAUGGUGCUGGUGCUGGUUUUGGUGUAGGUGGUGAUGGCAUAGGUGGAGGAGGCGGCGGCGGUGGGGGCCACGGAGGUGGUGGCGGUGGUAGCAAUAUGGAUGGAAGUUAUGGACAUGGUAGCGGGUAUGGUGCUGGUGCUGGUUUUGGUGUAGGUGGUGAUGGCAUAGGUGGAGGAGGCGGCGGCGGUGGGGGCCACGGAGGUGGUGGCGGUGGUAGCAAUAUGGAUGGAAGUUAUGGACAUGGUAGCGGGUAUGGUGCUGGUGCUGGUUUUGGUGUAGGUGGUGAUGGCAUAGGUGGAGGAGGCGGCGGCGGUGGGGGCCACGGAGGUGGUGGCAGUGGUAGCAAUAUGGAUGGAAGUCAUGGACAUGGUAGCGGGUAUGGUGCUGGUGCUGGUUUUGGCGGCAGUGGCGAAGGUGGAAGCAAAGGUGGUGGUGGCUUUGGAGGAGGAGGAGGUGGGGGUGGCGGCGGCAAUAGUGGUUUUGGUCAUGGUAGUGGCUUUGGUGCUGGAGUCGGCAUAGGUGGCAUUGGCGAAGGGGGAGGUGGUGGUGCCACUUAUAACGGAGGAUCUGGGUAUGGAAGUGGCUUUGGAAUGGGUGGUAGUUUGGGAGGUGGCGGCGGCGGCGGCGGCGGCGAGGACGGCAACAAUGACAAUAAAACUUCUAAUGAAGGAUCAGGAUAUGGUGAAGGCAAGGGUUCUGGUGGCAAUCAUGGAGGUGGGAUGGGAUUUGGGAUGGGCAUGGGAUUCGGGUUUGGCAUAGGAGCCGGUGGCGAUGACAGUGGUAAUAUUGGUGUAGGAGACACCUACAUCAAUGGUAAUAAACCCUAGCUAGUUCACACACGCUUGACACCACCAUCGCCAAUGUUGCAAAGCUAGGAAAAUGGCUAUAUAUCAUAUGAUCAUCAAAUUAAGAGAAUUCCUUAUUGUCUUCCAUUUCUAGUAUCAACUGAUGAUCAUGCAAUCAAUCACUUUUCACUGUACCAUGCCACCAUAUCUUCAACACAUUCUUCCUAGCUUCCUCCUUCUUCUUCAUUAAUUAACUAAUUAAUUAUCAUUUCAA